UUCAAGCCUGCCUGAUGGCAGCAACGUCACCCUCCUUGCAGCACGAGGCCCGUACUCUCCUCGACUGAUGGUGUGGUUGGCUGACCGACCUCACAACCUCGAGCAACCACCACUUAGCGACAGCGCCGUCGGUCAAUUGCGCCGGCCAUACUCACAAUGCUUCUACUCGACUACCAGAAUGUUCUGAUCGAGCAGAUCCUCAAGAACGCCUUCUCCGGAGCGCCGCCAGCGCAUAUCGACCAGACCGUUUCCGAUUUCGACGGCGUCACUUUCCACAUCUCAACCCCCGAGUCCAAGACCAAAAUCCUCAUCUCCAUCCAGAUUCGGUGCUACAAGGAGCUUGUCCAAUAUGGCGCCGAGGAUGUCCUUCAGCGCGAGUACGGCCAAUAUGUCGUCCCACCAGAGGACGCCUUCAACUUUUCAAUCCUGAUAGACCUGGAGCAACUGCCAUCUGAGAAGGAGGAGCGCGACGAGCUGAUCCGCAAGAUCUCGCUGCUCAAGCGCAACACCAUGGCCGCGCCCUUCGAGGCGGCGUACCAGCAGCACUACAAGUUCCGUGAGGAGGCAUCCAAGUAUACAAGCGAGGAGGCACCUCAAGGCGUUCUCGAGGGCGGCGAGGUCAUGGCGAUCCACUACCGCGACGAGGAGGCCAUCUUCCUCAAGGCCAGCCACGACCGUGUCACGGUUAUCUUCAGCACCAUCUUCCGCGAAGAGACGGAUCGCGUGUUCGGCAAGGUCUUCAUCCAGGAGUUUGUCGACGCCCGCCGGCGGGCGAUCCAGAAUGCGCCCCAGGUGCUCUUCCGCAACGACCCCCCUCUCGAGCUGCAGAACGUGCCUGGCGUCAAGGCCACCACUAACGGAGAGAUUGGAUACGUCACAUUCGUGCUGUUCCCGCGCCAUCUGACCCCUCAACGGAUGCCCGACGUCAUCUCGCACAUCCAGACUUUCCGUGAUUACUUCCACUACCACAUCAAGGCUUCCAAGGCGUAUAUCCACUCGAGAAUGCGGAGAAGAACCGCAGACUUCCUCCAGGUGCUCCGCCGCGCGCGGCCAGAGAACGAGGAGAAGGAGAGGAAGACGGCCAGCGGUCGCACGUUCAAGCAGACCGCGUGAUACGGACACGCCGCUGUUUUCACCGACGUCAUCUUUACGUAGCAUAAAAUACAUUUCACAAAACACGUAUUGGCCGUGUCUCAAAUAU